AUGGCAACUAUCACCCCCUCCGUAUCUGCGUUCACCAACGAAGAAUUGCGUGAAAUCUUCAGACCCGCCCUUCAACGACUUCGUACCCUGCUGAAUAAUUACCAGCAUUGGCCUCAGGAUGAAGACUGGCCGCAGAAGGUUCGACGGGCAGUUAUGGGUCUUGUGAAAAUAUGUAAUACGAUCCCGUCGACGUGUCCCCUCUAUGCCGGUCACCCCAUCAAAGCCCUCUUUGACCAGAUUCGUGCCAGUCCUGAACUGCGCCAGCCCGGAACCCCGAUCGACCCGUCCUUCUUGAAAGACGUCAAACCCGACCCACCCACGUUUCUCGAUCCGUUUGACAAGGACCACCCCCGCGCGUAUAUCGACCAAACCCUUGACUUUAUCACAAGAUGGCGGAUGCCUCCGCGUUCUUCGGUUCCACCCGCCCACCAAUCGGCCCUGCCCGUGGCAUCGUCAAGUGGAAAGGACAACGAGAGAGGUAUCUCCACAGGGAAAGGAAAGGAAAGAGAGAACGAGGGUGGUGGUACUGUCGACUACGACAGAAACAGCGGGGAGGGAGAACAGGAGGAGGAGGAGGAGGAGGAGGAGGAGGAGGAAGAUGAGGAGGAGGAGGUCUUAGAAGAUGGCAAUGGAUGUGGGGAGCAUCAGGGCAACCAGGGAGUCGCGGCUAUUAGACGGUCCCCGCGCAAACGAGCCACAACUUCCGUUACUCCUGGUGGAGGCUCUUCCUCAGGCACUGGGUCCGCAUUCGUUCUCUGCGACCGCUGUUUGAAAGCCAAGGCUCUCGCCCAACAUUCGAAAGCGCUAGGCAAAAAAUUCGAGAAAGGCAAUCUGGACCCGCCCUGUACACCUCCCGGCAGUGGAAGCUGUCCUCGUUGUGCUAAUGGCAAGAAGAAAUGCGAAAGGUUUCUCAACGGUGACGCCGUCAAAGCCCUCGCCCUGGCUUUGAAGCGCGGUCGCCAGCGUAAGAGCGCCGUAGCCCCCGACGACCCCUCCGUCCACCUCCCGAAAAGCAACCAAGAAGCCUCGACGGCCAAGAAGUCCACCAAGCGCAAGAGCGCCGCUUACAUCGAAGACUCCGACGUCGACAGCAGUGCCCCCACCGCCGCCGAUUCAGAGAACACUCCCGCCGCAAAGAAACCGCGCAUGGACAAUGCAAAGUCCGCGCCCGCCUCCGAGGUCGACCGUUCAAAAGCGGGGGUGAAGGCCAAGCAGUCGACGAAACGAACAGGCAAGGGGUCUAAGCCCACCACACCUGUGGAUCCUGUGGAGGUCACGGCAAUGCCGUCUGGCCCGUCGAAUAUAGACGUUGUCUACGCCGGUACCAAACAACUGGGCCCCUUGUAUCACCCACGAAGCGCCCAACCCAUGGUUUUCAGCAACCCACCGUCGAUGACACCCCCCGCCGACUCCACAGUAGUGCCCGCCUAUCAGACAGAGUUACCCACCGGCAAUCUCGUGGCCGACCUAGUGAGCUGUACUUCGAAGCAAGACGCCCUCGAAGGUCGAAUGAACCAGGCGGACUCGAGCAUUCGCGGUCUGACUGCUGCUGUGAAUCGGUUGGAAGACACGGCUCGUAUUCCCACCGUUCGUCGCGGUGAACUCGAUGAGCUCCGCCGGAAGAUCACCUUCCUGGAGAAGGACUUCAACGAACGCGAGGCCAGACUUGAGAAAACGACUGACAGCACGCUGGCGUUGGUUCGCAACUGGGAGGAGCGGAUGAAGACGUAUGAGGCGCGCAUGGAAGGCAUUGAGGAGAGGAUGAACGAACUCACCAACAAGGUGGAUGGUGUGGCCAACAAUUCCGACCUUCAGGCCAAAGUGGAGGCCAUGAAUCGGACUUCCAACAAUGCAUUACGCCAGGCAGAAGAGCUCCAGCAAGAAGCCAAGAGGGACCUCAAAGGUCUUUACGUUGUGGAGGGCAGAGUUAGGGAGCUCAUGGGUAGGGUGGCGGAUGCGGAACGUGAGUUGCAAGCACUGGACCAGUGGUGCCAUGGGUUACAGGGGGACAGUGACGAGAUUUGGGAUCACCUCACUACAUCGGUCAACCAGAGCACGCUCGAGGCGGUACUCGACAGGGUCGGAGGGCUUCACGGCCGCGCAUUGGUGGAAAGAGGGACGAGUCCAACUACAGGAAGUUCAGCCGCAGAGUCUCGGCCGGUAGUGAGUCGAGGCACGAGUCCCCUUCCCGCCCCCGCUGCACCAAAUUUCACCCACCGCGCGACUAGUCCCAUCCCUGACCGCCAGCCUCACCUGACCCGCCUCAAUAUAGUUGCCGCCUCUGUUCCACUCCGCCCUUUAACGGGUACCGCCUCGAUUCAUCACACCGCCGCGAUAAUGACCGCCCCGCCUUCCGCCUCAGUUGUCGGUUCCGCUCCAUCAAAGUCUCCGCCUGUUCCGCCGCCAUUUCUCCCCGCCGCUAGUGGCGAGUCGGGGGAAACCUCGCCGGAUACUGAUGACGUGGUUCCCGACUCACCGUUGUCCCCCCCUCCAGAUGACCUAGAGGAUAUGCAGGCGGGUACUCGACGGAAGGCCACCCAGGUUCAGGCUAAGUCUUCAGGUGCGGCAGCCACUGGAGCCCGGCGGUCCAAGCGACAAAAAAAGAGCUAG